GGAAUCGUGCGGAUAGUACCACCAAGCUGUUAUAGCUAUACCACAACACCGGCACUGUAUUUCAUGCACCGUAGAUAUUUACAGAAAUAAAUUGGUUGACCCGUUGUACUCAACCAUGGUAGGAGAGAAAAAGUGGAUUUACAUUUGUAUUCUUUUGGUUUCGUUUGUUCAAAUAGGACUUUGCUGGAAAUUUAUUCACAAGUAUGCCGUUUAUCGAAAUUAUCUAGGAUUAGAAUACAGUCGAAACUACUCCAUACACUGUCGAAAUAAUACGCCCGAUGCAACUAAUACAAAUGGUGUUUGUGAAAGAUCUAACAUGAGCAUUGUGCGAAGAUCAUUCUUAAACACCACAGACCUUGAAGUUAGCGUUUAUUGUUAUUCUCAAAACAGCCCAAGCAGCGCACCAUCCGAACCAUCAAUUUGCAGGCGUUUCAAUUCGUCUUUCGAGAGAACUCUUAAUAUACGGUGGGAGUGUGAAGUCAUCCAUUACAUGAACAACAUUACUAAUACAUUUCGUUGUGGUGGAUUAGAAUGUAUACUUUGCGAUGAUCUGCUCUCCUCGCAUUUUCCCAAUCAAACAAGCGCAAAAAAUCCAGGUUUCCCAGCCAGCACCCCCACACCAUUAGUAUCAGAACCAUCCCCCGCACCACCCAUACCAUCGCAAGAAACUGUUAUCAAAACUUUCGAAAAGUUUGCCAACCAACAAUUUUCUCUGGACAAUAUAAGUUCAAAUUCAAUAGAAUCUCAACAGCAAGUAGCUGCAUUGAUAGCAAACUUCGAACAAAAUGUUUCCACCGUAUUGUCUUACUUACCUGCUGGCACUCAGUUAAGCUCACCGUUGAUGAAUAUUAAAGUUGCUGAAAUAAGAUUAAAUAGAAUUAAUGAAAACCAAACCAUUCGAUUCGAUAAAGCUUCAUUCAGAAUACCUAGCAGAGAAAUAGCAGAUCAUUUUCUUCGAAAUAGGAAUCGAAAUAUAAACGAGAUCAAAAUUGUCGCUGCCAGUUGGCAGGGACUAAACAAGAGUUUUCCUUCUCCAAACCACAAAGACGUUCCUCAGUCGAUUUGUCGAUCCAAGCGGUGCAACAUUUAUUUACCAGUCAAUACAAGUGUCGUGAGUUUGGCCUAUUAUAACAAACAUGGACUUCAACUCAUGGACUUACCAGUUGCCAUGGUGAUCGAUGUUUCGAAUGAUUAUACCGCGCUACAAAAAUACCACAGACCGCCUGCCAUCCGACUACAGGGAAUCAACAGGGAUUGCGUUUGGUGGAACAAUAAAAAAUUCAGAUGGAGUCGUGCUGGUUGUGAAAGAAUUAAAUUGUCAAACGGUCCAAAGUUUCAAGCCGUUACCUGCAGAUGCAAUCACACAACAACCUUUGCCACACUUCUAAUCACACGUUCAAUUGCAAUCCCGAGGUGGAUUUACGAAUUGUCGGCGACGCUAGAAAUCAUAAACAUAAUAUUCCUGAUCAUCACUAUUAUUCUAGUUGCAGUCGCACGCAGUAGUACUGGAAUAGAAGAAUCCAGCACAAUUAACAGCGAUGAAGUGAGAAAUAACCGCGCUGUUAAUCAGAUAAGUCUUUGUUUGGCAAUCAUGGGCCUUCACUUCUGCAUCCUGCUAUCCCCCAACGCAGUGAAAGAUACUGGAACCUGUUACACAGUCGCGGUUUUGACUCACUACUUUUUACUGGCCUCUGCUCUUUGGCUUUUAAACGAGGGGUUGACGAUGGUACUCAAAACACAGGAUCAUUUUUCUUUUAGUUUAAAUUACAAAGUACUGACAACAGUACAACUCUUACUGGCUUGGGUAGUCCCGUUCGUGUUUGUGAUUGCUGCCGUUACAUCACUUAAAGAAAACUAUCUGGAGAUAUCGGCGAGCUAUAGAAUAUUUUCUAGAAACUUGGAACACGCCGUAAACGCCACUCCUUACACGAAAAUGUCAAUGUAUGACAGGUGUUUCUUUAACAAUAGUCAAGUUGUAUAUUAUGUUGCAAUUCCUCUUGCCAUAAUUAUUACUGCUAAUGUAAUCCUGAUUUUGAAAAUGAUCUUCGUCAUAUAUCGCUUAAGCAGACUGGACAACAGGCGUCGACAAAGUCUGACCGCACAAACCAGUCAUUCAACCAUGCACUACCGAAUCAAACGACACGCUCACUGGAAAAGCGUACUUAAAGCAUUUUGUAUCUUGAUGCCUGUAUCGUCUAUCCCUUGGAUGUUUCUGUUACUUCAAGUGGUUCGAAAUUACGAAGAGACAUUCAUUGGUAUUCACACUGUAGUCAAUGGUUUCCAGGGUGUUUUGAUUUUCUACGUGUAUUGUAUACAUACCAAAGAAGACCGCGGGCGCAUAACGCGAAAAUGGAAGCGGUCACUACCAGGGCGAAUAUUUGAAAGACAUUUAGAAAAUCCUCUUAAGAAAUGUUGUCCGCCUUGGAAAAGAGUCAAGCAGCAAAAGUGUGAAGUUGAGAUUCGUUUUGACAAUGUUUACCCCAACAGUGAUGAAACUGGCAAUAGGUUGACAAACACACGUGGUAGCAAUGUUACAGUCACAACACAAGUUCCGUCAAUGGAAUAAAGUUUCCUAUAAAAUAAAGUAGAGUGGGAAAAGACGAGCGUUUUUAAAUCUUCGUCACCGGUACCCAUUUAAUCAAAGACAAAAAAUGUUACAGUAGAACAUGAAUUUUUACAUUGAGUUUAUUUAAUUUACUGUUGCGACACUGCGAAAUUAAGAAGACGCUACAAUUCGUAUGCUUUGAUUAAUUCGGUUAGUAAAUACAAGUUAUAAUGGCAUGUAAUGUCACGUUUAACUUUUAUGAGAUUACGCAGUUUUUCGCCGUAAACUUUUCCGAGAUCAGGAUUUUUUCAUACCUUAAACGGCAUGCUGCUAUAAAAUUUAUUCCCGUAUCACCAAAGGACAUUAUUUCAAGUCAAUCUGCCGAUUACAUAUUCCGUGCUCUUAUCUUUACUAUGUGGGAAUAUCGUUUAAUACUCUAAUUUUAGUGCUGAUUCUGAAUGCUCGCUUAACCACAUUAAAGUUGUCGAAAUUAUGAAUUCUGAAUUAAACUAUUCUUCCAAAGUCGUAGUAAUAAAAUAGGUUGAAAUG